AUGUUUUCCAAAACUCUCGUGCUGCUGUUUUCUCUGAUCUCUGGGGUGAUCUCGAGGCACCUGGCCCCGACCCCCACCAACCCUCCCAAUGAGAGAGGUUGUCAGAUCAGCCAAUUCAAGUCUCUUUCACCUCGGGAGCUGGAUGCCUUCAAGGUGGCCAAGAACGCCUAUGAGGAAUUCAUGCGUCAGAAAGGGAGGAAAUGUAGCUCCAAACUAUUCCAUAGGAACUGGGACCUUCGGCAACUACCGCUGUCAGAUCGUCUCAUAGUCCUAAAGGCUGAACUGAAAUUGACUCUGGAGACUUUGAAAGCCAUGGAUAACCCUGACCUGGAGAAGGUCCUGGCUCAACCUCUGCAAACGCUCAGCCACAUCAACCAGGAGAUCCAAAGCUGUGUUACUCCCCUGCCUUCUAGAGGACCCAAGCCUUCUGGCCGACUCUGGCUACAUAGACUCAAUGAGGCCAGGAAGAAGGUGAGAAUCUCAGGGUUGCCUAGAAGCUUCAAUCAUACUCAACCUCUUCCGACUCGUGAACCAAGAUCUCCACUCUGUUGGUGA